UGCAAAAAUCUAAUUGCAAUUUUCUUAGGUUAUGUGUUUAACAUGUUUUAUUGUUUAAUAAAGUUUAAAUAAGUAAUAUUAUAAGAUGUCUGAAAAUAAAACUAAUGCAAAUACAAAGCCACAGAAGAAACCAAAUGAAAAAAGGAAAGUUACUAAUGUAAAUAAAGUUGUUCCAAGAGGAAAGCCAAAAUCUGGUAAAUUUUGGAAAAACGAAAAAACUAAAUUUUCUGCCAUUAUAAAAACUAAAGGUAUUCGCAGCACGUUUGAGAAGAAACAGGCCCUUAGGGAAAAGUUAAAACAAGUUAAGGAAACAUCAAAUGCAAUUAAAGCAGCUCGAGAAGAGGAAAAUGAGUUAAAGAAACAAAGAAGAAGAGAAAACCUUAAGCGCCAAGAGGAAAAUAGAAAAAAGUCUGAAGUAGUUCAGGUUAUUACAAACACAAAGAAAUUAAAGAAAAUGAGAAAGAAACAUCUGAGAACAAUAGAAAAACGAGACACAACUGUUGUUUCUAAUUAGAAAAUUUAUUUGAAAUUGUCAUAGUUUAUUUAUGAAGGAUUUAAAUGUGAUUAUUUAAAAUAAAAAGAAUUACAGAUAUAUCGGAAAUAACCAUGAAAAGUAAUAAACAUUUAUUAAAAAAUA